AAGUCGACUGAACCUGUUUAUAUCUCGCCAACAGAAUCCAAAUCUACUCAGAAGGAAGGUAUGUCAACCUGUUCUUUGAGAAUAAUCUCUGAAAUAAACAGAGCAUGGUGAUGAACACACGUUGAACUUCAUCAGAGGAAAAUGAUUCAAUAAUAAGGACGCCAACCGGCAAAGAUAUGUUCAAUACUACGAUUACACAUAUCGUUUGUUUAGUAUUUUUAGCGUUUAUUGUGAUUAUCGGCGGGGAGUGCUUUCGAGAAUUAUAUUUCAAAUUUUCAGGAUUAGCUUGCUUUUUGUGUAUAUCUUAUUUGUUGGCGAGUUUUAUUGAUAAUGCUCUUCCUAGAUUCCGAGCAACUUCUGCCAAGAAGGCUGUGUUUAUAACAGGUUGUGAUCGUGGCUUUGGUCUUCUAUUGGCAAGAAGAUUAGAUAGUCUGGGCUUCAAAGUAUUUGCAGGAUGCCUCGAUCCACUUGGUGCAGAUGUUCAGAAACUGAAGAAUACUGCGUCGAGUAGACUCUCCUUAGUGAAAAUUGAUGUCACUAGAGACGAAAGCGUAUCAUGCGCUCAGGAAGAAGUAAAAAAUAAUUUGGGAGAUUGUGAGUUGUGGGCAUUGGUCAACAACGCUGGAGUCAUCGAACGUGGAGAGUUGGAAUGGACACCAAUGGAGAUCUACCAGAAGCAAUUCGAAGUAAAUACAUUUGGUGUAGUCCGAGUAACACAAGCUUUUCUUCCAUUACUCAGAAGAUACAAAGGAAGAAUUGUUACUGUCACAAGUGUUGGAGGGCGUUUCACUUUUUCUGGGUUUGUUCCCUACUGCAUGAGUAAACAUGCCACAAGUUCCUUUUGUGAGGGUUUACGAAUGGAAAUGGCUAAAUUUGGAGUCAAAGUUAUAACUAUAGAACCAUUUUCCUACCAAACGGGUAUGACAGAUGCAUCCAAUGUUUCCCGAAGUAUUAAACAAACAUGGUCGAUGUCUUCAAGCAAGUACGCAGGCGAUGUCUACGAUGAUGAUUACAUCGACGAAUUCAGCGAUAGCGUUCGUAAAUUCAACGAAGCUACAGUACUACCAGAUCCAGGCAAAGUUGUGGAUCAGAUGGUUGAAGGAGUAUGUGCCAUCAGUCCUCAUUACUCUUACGUUGUUGGAUGCUGGGAGUUCUUGUUCAAUCUUUGGAUGUCAAGAAGAUUGCCAAAGACUUUCGUCGAUUUUUUCACGAGGAAGAGGGUUACAUUCGAUUGUGACUUGGAACAAUAUCUGAUAUCAUCCCUCAAAGACAAAAAGAACUCGUGAUAUUUCUAUAAAGACACUGCCUCUAGUGAUUUCGAGACUUUACUGGAAAGAUUGUUGAUGGACUGUUUCAAUCCGAUGAAAGGGAAUUUUUGUUUAUCCCGUUGUCUCCCAGAAAGCAUGUGACCUUACGGCAACCUUGUGUCGGAAUUUUCUUUUUAUUGUCAUGAAAAUGUUUGUAUUAAAAACCUUUUUUCAAUAAAGCAAAAAUAUUGCA